GCGUACAGCAAACGCUGCUUAAAAUAAAGUCAAUGAAUUAAUUUUAAGAAGAAAUGAAAGUUACCGUAAAAUGACAUUGAAAUUUUUUAUAGAAAUCGGACUAUUUUUAAUAAUACACGGAAAUAAUAUGCAAAACGAUGAAAAUCUUGCGAGAGAUUUUUUACAACUCGCCAUAGAUGAAACAAAGUUUAUGAGUUCAAAAAAAAAUAGUAUAUCUGAAGUUGAUCAAUCUACUGAGAUAAACGACAAAGCUAAAAAAAAAGACGAAUUAUGUUGUCCUGGUGAUAUUUACGGUAGAUGCGAUAUCAAUCAACAGUGCAUUCCCGGUUACUUUUGUGAUGGAAUGUUUUGUUAUAAAUGCCACCAAGAAGGACAAACCUGUAACUUAAACGGAGUGUGCUGCGAAGGCUCCGAAUGUCAAUAUGGUAUUUGCACAAAAGGAGUAAAAGCUGGUGAUGCUGGAACAUUCUGCGACCUUUCUAAAGAUUGUACAGGGAGUUUAAUGUGCUGUAUAAGAGAAAUGUCAAUAAACCGUCUUCAUUCUAUAUGUAAACCAAUGCUAGAAGAACAUGAAUCUUGCGGUCCAAUCAAUUUAUUUCAUCAAGAAAUAACAACCAACGCUCAUGUAGAACCAAUGUGUGGUCCUUGCAAACCUGGAUUAUCUUGCCAAGCCGUGGGGAUUCAUGGUCAACAUAAUGUUUGUCUUCGCGUAAAAGAUUCAUAAAGUACUAUAUUCAAAAGAUUUAAUAAAAAUUAUCUGAUUAAAAUAUUUUUUGUAAAUGAUAAAAAUAAAGUGUUUUGUA